GAACAUUUGUUUUGGGCAUUUGAUGCUUGUUCACACUUGCAAAUGCCGCAUUUUCAACUUGCCAUCUCCAUAAGAAACAACUGAUGCUCAAAAGAAACUCAUCCAAAGCCCGAGUUCUACUCUCAUCUUGGCAUUUUUCGGGAUCAUCUCGGUGUGUGUGAGGAUGUGCACGACCUUAUAGCCUUUUAAUUUUUUAAGAGGGUGAGUGUGUGGUCUCUGUGAGACUGUCAGAAGUCUCGAGGAGGAGUGAGAGGAAUUUUUUGUCAGCCUCACAUUGAGGAGUGUUUCUUUGAGUGUAUGCAUGUGUCAUCAUGGGAGACGUCAUUGACUUGGACAGACAGAUCGAGCAACUCAGACGCUGUGAACUUAUCAAGGAAAAUGAAGUCAAGGCACUCUGUGCCAAAGCAAGGGAGAUCCUGGUAGAAGAAAGUAAUGUUCAAAGGGUUGAUUCCCCAGUCACAGUUUGUGGUGAUAUACAUGGGCAGUUUUAUGAUCUAAAGGAGCUAUUUAGGGUGGGGGGUGAAGUUCCAGAGACAAACUACCUCUUCAUGGGAGACUUUGUGGACAGAGGGUUUUACAGUGUGGAGACGUUUCUAUUGCUGCUAGCAUUUAAGGUGCGAUACCCUGACCGGAUAACACUGAUCAGAGGGAAUCAUGAGUCACGGCAGAUCACGCAAGUGUAUGGCUUUUAUGAUGAAUGUCUUAGAAAAUAUGGCUCUGUUACAGUCUGGAGAUACUGCACAGAGAUUUUUGACUUCCUGUCCCUCUCGGCCAUUGUUGAUGGCAAGAUAUUCUGUGUUCAUGGUGGCCUUUCUCCAUCCAUUCAAACUUUGGAUCAGAUCAGGACCAUUGACCGAAAACAGGAAGUUCCUCAUGAUGGACCCAUGUGUGACCUGUUAUGGUCUGACCCAGAGGAGACAACAGGGUGGGGUGUGAGUCCAAGGGGAGCUGGAUAUCUAUUCGGUAGUGAUGUGGUGGCACAGUUUAAUGCUGCCAAUGAUAUCAGCAUGAUCUGCAGAGCUCAUCAAUUAGUUAUGGAGGGCUACAAGUGGCAUUUCAAUGAGACCGUGUUGACUGUGUGGUCUGCUCCCAACUACUGUUAUAGGUGUGGUAAUGUGGCAGCCAUUCUGGAACUUGAUGAGCAUCUCCAGAAGGAGUUUAUCAUAUUUGAGGCUGCUCCACAGGAAACCAGAGGCCUCCCUUCUAAGAAACCUGUGGCUGACUACUUCCUUUGACCUUUCAGCCUGGGAGAAGUUUUGGAAAUACCUGUAUAGACUUUUCUUUAAAGACAUACUAUUUUUCCCCUGGCAAACUUUUAUUCUGCAUAAAAUUCUGUUCUUCUGUGAAUGGACCAGCUACAGCAUUUACUGGAGCAAUUCUAGGCACCUUUGUACAAUGGGCCCCGUUUUACAUUUGCUUUUUACAUUCCUUCCUCUUCCCCGAAAAAUGUUGUAAACCGAUGUGUAAAAAUUCAAAACUAUUUUGACUUCCCCCAGUUGUGUGGUUCUCGGUUUUGUAUUUUCAAAACUCAAAUGAUUGAGAGGGUUUACAUAUUUGCAUGUGAAAAUCUGUCCAAAAAUUGGGAUAUCCAUGAACAUGUUGUUACAGGUCUUUGUUUCAAACUGUAAAAUACUGUAUUUGUGAUUUGGUAAUAAUGGUUCGGGUCUUAAGCAUCUUCAGCUUUGAGGAAAAUGUUACGUUUUUCACACAUGAAUGCAGGGUCAUGUACACUUCAGAUAUACAGCUGAUAAUGGCAUUAAGAUGUUUGAAAUGAA